AUGCAUAUAUCUAUCUAUCUAUCUAUCUAUCUAUCUAUCUAUCUAUCUAUCUAUCUAUCUAUACUUUUACAAACUUUGAGGGCUUUUGCCGUCAGACUUAGGUUUUUAUUUUUCUUUUACUUAAUUAUCUGGCUUUUUUCCAUUCUUUCGUUUUUCACUUUUUCUUUCUCAUUUUCUCUGUCAUUUGCUACUCCUCCAUUUCUUCUUCAUUCUGCCAUCCGCCAUUUUCUUUUAUCGUUCAUUAAUUCUUUACUUCCGUUUUGUCUAAGUCAUUACAUUUACUUUCUUGUUUGUUUUUACUUUCAUCUAAUAUUUUCUUUGAGUUUGUCUUUUACGUUUUUAAUUUUUUUCUCUUUCUUUGUUUCUGUUUUGUUUAUUUCUUUCUUUUUCUUGUUUUCUUUUCUCGAUUUGUUACUUUCCUCUUUUUUCCUUUUUUUUUGUUGUUGCAUUGCUUUCUUUCUUUGCCGCGUCACUUUUACCGUAUUUCUUUCCUUCUUUGUACUAUACUUUUUCUUUCUUUGCUACUUUAUUUUUUCUUUCCUUUUCUUUCUUUCUUUCUUUCUUUCUUUCUUUCUUUGCUACAUUACUUUUUCUUUCUUUCUUUCUUUCUUUCUUUGCUACAUUACUUUUUCUUUCUUUCUUUCUUUCUUUGCUACUUUACUUUUUCUUUAUUUCUUUGCUACUUUACUUUUCUUUCUUUCUUUCUUUCUUUCUUUCUUUCUUUCUUUGCUACUUUACUUUUUCUUUCUUUUUUCUAUCUUAGCUACUUUUUCUUUCUUUCUUUGCUACUUUACUUUUUCUUUCUUUGCUACUUUAGUUUUUUUCUUUCUUUCUUUCUUUGCUACUUUACUUUUUCUUUCUUCUUUUCUUUCUUUCUUUGCUACUUUGACUUUUCUUUCUUUCUUCCUUUGCUACUUUACUUUUUCUUUCUUUGCUACUUUAGUUUUUUUCUUUCUUUCUUUCUUUACUACUUUACUUUUUCUUUCUUUCUUCUUUUCUUUCUUUCUUUGCUACUUUGACUUUUCUUUCUUUCUUCCUUUGCUACUUUACUUUUUCUUUCUUUGCUACUUUAGUUUUUUCUUUCUUUCUUUCUUUCUUUCUUUCUUUCUUUCUUUGCUACUUUACUUUUUCUUUCUUUCUUUUUUCUUUCUUUCUUUUUUCUUUUUUUCUUUCUUUGCUACUUUGACUUUCUUUCUUUCUUCCUUUGCUACUUUUUCUUUCUUUGCUACUUAA